AUGAUUAUUGCUGAGUACAACAAGCACAAGGGGGUUGUGACAGAAUUGCUAAGGGCCGCGCAGUCCAAAAUUCAUGUGUCGUUUGACCUGUGGACAAGUAGGAAGUUGAAGUGCUUUGCUGGCACUGUCGUUCAUUUUGUCGGUGAUGAUAACCAAUUUUACACCUUCCUUCUUGCCCUCCCUGAGCAAGCCACCAGUCACGCUGGCGUCGAGAUCGCGGAGACAAUUAAGUCGAUUCUCACGGAGUUCGGGAUCGAGAAAGCCCAAAUUGGAUACUUCGUAGCGGACAAUGCCAGCGAAAACGACACCUGUUUAGAAGACCUUGCUUUCGAAUACAACUUCAAUAAGGAAUGGCGUCGCCUACGUUGUAUGGGCCAUGUUAUUAACCUCGUCGCGCGGAUACUUCUUUUUGGAAAGGACCCAAAUGGCUUUGCGGAGGAUGUUAAGAUCAGGUCGCUCAUUCAAGCACAAUGCUGCCUCUGUCAAGAACACGCAAGCAUCACUGCCUAG